AUGCAGAUUGGCUCUACAAUUCCGGCACAGAACCUUCACCUUUUGCAGGCCAGACGUGCCAGCUUCGAGUGCAGGGGGUCGCCAUUAAACCCAGCAACAAGACCAACAGCUCAUGCACAGACUUUGAAACCAGUUACAUCCACCGAGUUUACUCGGAAACACCUCUCCAACCUUGAAAAACUUCUACAAAAGCAAUCUCAACCCAGCCUUCCUCCUGACCUAGAACCAGUUCAAGACGAAUCAAAUAAUUGGUCGCCGGAGAACAAAGGAAAGAAUCCCUUGGAAGGGCUUAAAUUGGCAAGAAUAUGGCCGGAAAUGAAGGCUGCAGAGGAAAUGUCACCGCGAAAUUUGAAUCGUCUUCAACGCCUUCUGUCAAAGUCGCCGGAAUAUUCUCCGAGGAAUAUUCUUGGUAGCCGGUGGCGGGAGUACCACGGCGCCAAUGAUUGGUCCGGCCUCCUCGACCCACUUGACGAGAAUCUCCGGCGAGAGCUGGUCCGAUUUGGUGAGUUUAUUCAGGCGGCUUACCAUAGUUUUCACUCUAAUCCUGCCAUGUCAGCAGAGGAAGUUCCAUUGCCACGCCACGUGGCAUUGCCCGAUAGGUCUUACAAGGUGACCAAGAGUCUUUAUGCCACGUCAUCAAUUGGAUUGCCAAAAUUUGUGGAUGACGUGGCACCGGAUCUCGGGUGGAUGACCCAGCGAUCGAGUUGGAUCGGGUACGUGGCAGUUUGCGAGGAUCAGAGGGAGAUACAAAGGAUGGGACGGAGGGAUAUUGUGAUCGCAUUACGUGGAACUGCCACGUGUCUUGAAUGGGCCGAGAAUGUAAGGGACGUACUUGUUCAGAUUCCGGGCCAAAACGAGCAGACUCAGGGACAGCCCAAGGUAGAGUGUGGGUUCUUGAGCCUAUUCACGACACGUGGAGCUCACGUGCCAAGCCUAGCCGAGUCCGUCGUUGAGGAAGUGCACCGGUUAAUGGAACUAUACAAGGGUGAAACCCUGAGCAUCACGGUGACCGGACACAGCCUAGGUGCAGCAUUGGCCUUGUUGGUGGCAGAUGAAUUAAGUAUAAGUGCACCAGAGGUGCCACCGGUGGCGGUGUUCUCCUUCGGUGGGCCUCGUGUCGGUAACCGAGGCUUUGCAAACCGUCUCAACACCAAAAACGUUAAGGUGUUACGUAUAGUAAACUCUCAGGACUUAAUCACUAGAGUUCCGGGCAUGUUUGUGAGCGAAGGGCUCGACAAAAAGAUACGAGAAUCAGGUGCUUCGUGUGUACUUAAUGUUCUAGACAACACCAUGCCGUGGGCAUACUCACAUGUUGGAACAGAGUUAAGGGUUGAUACAAAGAUGUCACCUUAUUUGAAGCCAAAUGCAGAUAUAGCAUGCUGCCAUGACUUGGAGGCAUACCUACACUUGGUGGAUGGGUUUUUGGCAUCAAAUUGUCCAUUCAGACCAAAUGCCAAGAGAAGUCUGUGGAGAUUGUUACAUGAACAAAAAUCUAAUGUAAAAAUGUUGUACACAAGUAAGGCUAAGGCUUUACACUUAAACCUAGAAAGAGGUAGUCGUUCGAUGUCUACUUGUUUGCCUAGUCCAUCUUAG